CGGGCAGGUUGUUUUGUAAGUGGGCAGAGCUUUCCAACAGAAAAUGAAAAUAGCUGUUGUGUUCUUGGCAGUUUUUGUGUUUUAUUACCCCAUUUAUGCGUGUUGUGAUUCCCAAGGGAGAGAAGAAAUUAAAAAAAGACCAAGCUGGACUCGUUGAAAAUGUUUUGUCACAGUUUUUUUACAGUGCUGAUCUCUCACAAAAGGAAUCGAAAGUGAGCCUGAGCAGCAAAAUUCAGAAUCUGCCCUGUGCGCUCUCUGUGCAGUUGACACACCAAAAUGACUGCAGGAGCUGUAUGGUGUCACUUUGUUUUGCUAUUACUUCUUUGCACCACAGCCCUGUGGACAGCUGAAAUUUCCUGCAGAAAUGAAGGUGGAGAGACAGUUGACUGGUUUCUUCUUUACAAAUUACCAAAACAUACAGAAAGCGAGAAUGCUGGGUUGGGACUGGAAUACAUGUACAUGGACUCCCUGACUCAUGCGUGGCAACUCAGUAAAUAUCUAGUCAAUAUGACACAGAGUGCUCUGGGGCAAACACUGAAACAACUUUAUGAAACUUAUGAAUCCAAGAACAACAGCAUUGCCUAUGCAAUAUAUAAUGAUGAGAUCCCUCAUUCAAAGUCCUACAACUGGAAAAAAGGACAUACCAAAGGAUUUCUGCUCUUGGACAAAUCACAAGGCUUCUGGGGAAUUCACAGUGUGCCUCUGUUCCCUCCUUUUCUUGAGGACGGUUAUGCGUAUCCACCUACUGGGAAGCCAUAUGGACAGGUAGCCAUCUGUAUAACCUUCAAGUAUGACCAGUUUACAGAAAUAGACCAACAGUUGCUGAGUUAUAAUCCAAGCAUCUACAACUGUUCCAUCCCUAACAUCUUCCAAGCUGACCUCCCAAAUCUGCAAAAGCUCUGUGCAGGGUCUAAGCUGCCCUCAGCCCCACAGCGUCACCUCUCCAAACUCCAGUCAGCUCGUGGGGAAACCUUUCUUCACUUUGCUAAGUCACACUUGUUUGUGGAUGAUAUCUAUGUGGCAUGGGUAGCUCAAGAAUUGAAAACAGAUUUGUUGGCUGAAUCCUGGCAGCAUUCCGGUCACAGACUCCCCUCAAAUUGCUCUCUCCAGUACCACGUCUACAACAUACACUUAAUAGGGACACCACUGAAUUUAACUUUUUAUUCCAGUAAUGAUCAUUCCAAAUGGUGUGUUUCAAGGAUCUAUGAAGAUCAGUGGACCUGCAUCGGAGACCUUAACCGCGCUGCUGAGCAAGCUUGGAGAAGUGGUGGGUUCAUUUGUACGCAGAACCAAUACAUUUACAAAGCUUUCAGACACUUGGUAAUCCACUAUGAAAGUUGUAAUGAUUCUCCCACAUGGAUAUGAAUGAACCAUUCCUCCCAAAUAGCAUAGCCCUUCAUUACAUAAAGGGUGCAGGAGAUGUCUGCUUUAAACUAAGUUUUCACUCUGAAAAAUGGCCCAGUGAGUUGCCAGAUGGAUUAGGCCUUUACCUUCUUAGCUACAAAAACAGUUGCAUUGCAGGUAAAAUAUUGUUUCUCCCUCAUUGCCAGAUCAGCAUGCUCUGCCUGAGCUCUGAGUCUCUGCUCUUUCCUUGUCUUCUCUCACCAUCAGUAACUAAGAUUGUGGUGCACAGACUGGGUCCUCAGUGACACUGUGACAAAGCACAUUGCUUUAAAUGAUUGUGCACAGAUGUCCUCAAGUGGAACUUGGUAAAUGAUGUUGGACAUGGGAUGUGAGGAAGAACAAAAAUCUAUCUUGUUAGUUAGGUUGUUUGAGGUUUACAGUUAACAGGAGAAAAAUACCCCCCAAAUGCCUUCAAAAUUGCUACAUGGCCCAGGUGCUACUGAGAUCAGUCACUGCUUUUCUACUGAGUUUGGGGGGAAACUGGACUGAAUCUCUUAAAGAACAGACGUAACUGAAUAUCAACAGGAAGACAAGCAGGUCUGUGGACAGAAAGGCUUAAUUUUCACAUGAUUAAUUUUUAGGGAAGAAAUGAGCUUUAAACAAUGUGUAACCAAUAGCUUGGUGUAUUUCUAGUGCUUUUAUUCAUGUAUUGUAACCAUAUCAACAAAUAAAUAUGUCCAAAAUAUGAGUGACCAAAAUAAAUUAAGAGGGAAAUGGUCUGGUUUACA